AUGACCGAAAUUGCUGCGGAUGAGUCCAUGCUACCAGCUCUGGACUCUUUACAGUCCGAAAUCAGAAUUUUGGAGGUCGAAGCUGGAAUACAGGGUUCACCGAUACAAUGCAAGUUUCAUGUUAUAUCGUUGGAUAAUCCUGAGAUUCCAUAUGAAGCUCUUUCCUACACUUGGGGCACCAACGUCGCAAGCUUACAACCAACAGUAUAUGUGAGAGGCAAGGAAUUCGAUGUCACAGAAAGCCUCUAUGGCGCACUUCAAAGAUUACGGCUAGGCCAGCAAUCCAGAUACUUGUGGAUUGACGCGUUUUGCAUCAACCAAGCCGAUAACAAAGAAAAAACACAAGUCAGCAUGAUGUGCCGUAUAUACAGCCAGUGCACACAAUGUCUCAUCUGGCUGGGCCCCUUAGAGGAGAUUGCUUAUCGAGAUGGCCAAGCUGCUAUAGACUUUUUAUCUUGGCUGGCUGGUUCUCAGAAGAGGCCGAGAUGGUUCGAUGAUGAUUCGGCCGUGGAUGGUGCUGCAAUGGCCCUCAAAGCUUUCAUCAACGGUUCAUGGUGGGGACGGAUAUGGACCGUCCAAGAAGCCAUUCUGCCACAUCAAGCAAUAGUUUUCUGGGGACCCUAUGAAAUCUCAUGGGACUCGAUGCGCAAGGCCGCGAAUAGCUUCUUCGGAAGCAGUGCACCUAAAGUCCCAGGGGUAUUUUGGCAGAAUCGAAGCCUUGUCGACCUUCAGAGCGUGAUGAGAGGACUCGCCAUAACUCUACGAGAGCCGCUAUGUAAUUAUUCCUUUGACGUGCGAGAAGUUUAUGAGCGGACCACUAUCGGUCUUAUUGACACGAGCGGCGACUUAAUACCUCUGAUCGGCAGAGGAGGCGAAGGGUCAGAUAUUCCGGGUCUUGCCUCGUGGGCUGUGGAUUGGAACGGUGUUCAAGAUCAUUCUAGGCGAAGCACCUCCAACUUUUGGGACCACCGUCGUAUAUGGCAUGAUCUUGGAUACACGGCAGAUCGAGGACUUUUUGGCGUCAGCGAUGGUCUAAGAGUCGAGGAUGAGCGAGUUCUUCGCUUGCAGGGCCUUCGGGUUGAUCGAAUUUGUGUGGUCGAGAAUAAGUCCGAUGGCGUUACUGACUUGGACGAUGGAUCACUCGGCUCACUGUUUCUAUCUGCCGGCAGUCGUUGGGGUAGACUUAUCACAACCUUCCAACAACUGGCCCCCGAUCAGCUUCCAUCAAACUGGAUGGGUGCUUUCCUUGGACUGAUCACUGGAAAACUCAUCCCUCGAAAACCGGAUCAUGGAGACGACAUAAAGGUUUGGGCUCGGCAAAUAGUUCGUCCACAAGCACUCUUCAUCACUGACUCGGGUCUUUUUGGUCUUGGCCCCCGGCAUAUUCAACCAGGUCAGGAACUCUGGAUAAUUGGCGGUAGUAGACUUCCGGUUGUUCUUAGCCUUCAUCCCGACAGGGAAGGAAAUAAGUCUGGAACCGACUUUGCAUUUGUUGGAGAGUGCUUCUUACAUGGAAUAAUGACAGGAGAAGCAGUUGAAAACCGCCCAGGUCAGGCAAAAGAUAUCAGGCUUCAUUGA